GUAUGGAGAGUGCGAUCACACUGUGGCAGUUCCUGUUGCAGCUGCUGCUGGACCAGAAACACGAGCACCUGAUCUGCUGGACCUCCAACGAUGGUGAAUUCAAGCUCCUCAAAGCAGAAGAAGUGGCCAAACUGUGGGGCCUCCGGAAGAACAAAACAAACAUGAACUAUGACAAGCUGAGCAGAGCCCUUCGAUACUACUAUGACAAGAACAUCAUCAAAAAGGUGAUUGGGCAGAAGUUUGUGUACAAGUUUGUCUCUUUCCCGGAGAUACUGAAAAUGGACCCUCACGCAGUGGAGAUGAGCCGGGAGAGCCUUUUGCUGCAGGACAGCGACUGCAAGGCCGCUCCCGAGGGCCGAGAGGCACACAGACACGGCUUGUCGGCCCUCAAAAGCGCAAGCCGCAACGAAUACAUCCACUCGGGCCUGUACUCGUCCUUCACCAUUAAUUCCCUGCAGAACCCACCAGAGCCCUUCAAGGCAAUCAAGACGGAGAAGCUGGAGGAGCAGCCGGAAGACAGCCCUCCCGUGGAAGAAGUCAGGACUGUCAUCAGGUUUGUGACCAAUAAAAGCGACAAGCACGCCAGCAGGCCCGUGGUGCCCCUGCCCUCCACGUCUGAGGCCUUCCUGGCCUCGUCGGCCUCAGCCAAGGUCUCCUCUUUAAUGUUGCCAAAUGCCGCCAGCAUUUCGUCCGCUUCACCCUCCUCGUCUCGGUCCCCGUCCCUGUCCCCCAGCUCGCCCCUCCCUUCUGAACACAGAAGCCUCUUCCUGGAGGCCGCCUGCCAUGACUCCGAUUCCCUAGAGCCCUUGAACCUGUCAUCGGGCUCCAAGACCAGGUCUCCAUCUCUUCCCCCAAAGGCCAAAAAACCCAAAGGCUUGGAAAUCUCCGCACCCCCGCUGGUGCUCUCCAGCACCGACAUCGGCUCCAUCGCCCUCAACAGCCCAGCUCUCCCGUCGGGAUCCCUCACCCCAGCCUUCUUCACCGCUCAGACACCAAAUGGAUUGCUUCUGACCCCGAGUCCACUGCUCUCCAGCAUACAUUUCUGGAGCAGCCUUAGUCCAGUUGCUCCACUGAGUCCUGCCCGGUUGCAAGGGCCAAACACGCUGUUCCAGUUUCCGACACUGCUUAACGGCCACAUGCCAGUGCCAAUCCCCAGUCUGGAUAGAGCUGCUUCUCCAGUACUGCUUUCUUCGAACUCUCAGAAAUCCUGAUGACAUCUGGCCACAGUUAAAGACUUAUUAACUGAUGAAACAAAUUUGUCCCCAUGGGCUAGUUUACCUGUGUCAUGAGAAGGACGUUGUGAAACCCUCUGUUAAUUUGGUUUGCACUUUUCAUAACAUGGAUGGUCUAGAUUUAUGUUAGCAUUUUUAAAACUUUUUUUUAUAUUCAAGUAUAUAUGAAGAUCUGUUUGGCAUUAAGUGAUUUUUAAUGUUUUUGUUUUUAUAUCCUCUUAGGCCUUAAGUGUUGAACACUGUUGACAGUGAAGAACUUUUCUUAAUGGUUUUCAGUGUAACUAAUAAGGAUGUGAAGCUUUUUUUCUAAUUAAUUCCGCAUAUGCUGAACUAUGCUUAUAGACACUAUAACCAGCUGUGCCUUCCUUUGCAUUUAGUUUUAUGUAAAUGGUUUAUAUAUUUUUUAGUAUUGAGAAAAUGAAAGACAAAAAUUAGUAUAAAACAGCUCUCUAGUAGAAUUAUUUUUCACAAGUAGGCAAAAUGAAAGCAUAUUCAUAUUUUUCUUUUUCGCUUUCAAUUGUAUAUGAAUUGCCUGUUUUUAUAAAAGAAACUAAGCCAUAUUUAGAAAAUAAACAUUCAUAAAAGAAAAUGUUCUAAAGUGCAUUUUUUUAAAAAAUGAACUUUGAAAGGCUAGCUACCUGUUUGUUUACAAUCUUUCUUUUAGAUCCUCCCAAACAAAAACCUGAGAUGGAAAUCUACAUCAAGUUCACUCUACCCAUGCCCUUGGAAUCUCUCCUGUGUAAGCAUAUUGUUUUCAAAAAAUUAGCUGUGGUUCUCCCAGUUUUCCAUAGAGAAUCACACCCCUGAUACAUUAUCCUGUAUCGUUAUGAGUUAGGGUUUCUCUAAACCUCAAACUGUAAUUAACAUUUAAACAUCCUAUGCUUAGGAAGAGGCUCACAGACCGGUUGAUGAACACAAUUCUUAACAUCAGGAAUCUUCAGGUAUAUAAGGUAUAGCCCUGUUUGUGGAAACUGAGAGGUAAGAUACACUGCUUUAUGUAUUACUAAGUUUAUGGUAAGAAUGAAGGAAAUUGGAUAGAAGAAAUAUGACUCUUCAGGAACCUCACUGUGGAACUGAACUAACAACAAUCUGGAGUGCUUGGCAGUAAAUUCUUUUGUGUAGCAUAGAGCAGUGAUAACAGAAACAUCAGCAGGUGCCACUCUAAGACACUGUUCUGUACAUGAAAUAGGAAAGUUCUAAUGUGAAGAGAACUGGAAAGUGCCCAGUGCUUUCAAGAUCAGAUUAUCAUCCCUAACUGUAAGUAACAAACCAAUUUGAAAAGUGGCUGAUUCCAUAGGUGUUAAAUGGCAAGAUUAUGAAAAAGGGUAAAAAAUAAAGCUUGUAAAAACUAAAACUUACAAUGCUUAAAAUCUUGAGAUUUUUCAAUCGGAAUUAAGUGUCUCUGUGUAUGGGGAUGUAUAAAUCUCUAAUACACACUUUUGGAUAUAAAGUAAAUUCUAAAAUCCACAGAUACUACUGUCACUUCCUCAUAAGCUGAGGAUAAUCCUGUACUAAAAUAAAAGAGCUGGUCCAGGGAACUGAUAUUUACGAAACAUGCAAUGUUAAAGGUAGAGGGGGCCUUUGAGAAUGCUUCUUAGCACUGUUUCCAGAUAAGACAAUUACACAGAAGCAACUGGGAGUUGCCUAAGGCCACACAGCUCAUUAAAGGUAGAACAGUGAUUGGUGCUCAGUACGGUUCUGUUUUCCCAUGCCUAACUGUAAGUAACUACUGGCCGAAAACUGCAGGUUAGGUAGACAAAACAGAUAACAGGAUAUUUUUAAAAAAUUUGUCAGAUAAGAAUGUACCUCAAAUGUCAGAUUCAUACAGAGAAACCAAAGGAAGUUAAUCAAUGUACAAAAAUCUCAAACCAAAAUAUUUUUUUAAAUGUAUAUGCUGAUUGGAAAUACUCAAAUGACUGUAUAUCUGAUUCUUGUAUUUCCUUCCUUGAAAUACGAUGAUUAACCCACAUUCUAACUCUGUUUCUUAGAAAUGGAAAAACACCAUGAUUUUUAUUGAUCAAGAAACUCACUAAGACACAAAUACAGAACUGGAGGUAUUGAAGUAUAACCCUUAUAAGCUCUGCCUCAUUCUGUGUAUGUGUGUGUGUGAAAAAUUAUUUUAGUCAGAAAAUAGGUUUCAAAGGACAUAUUAAAUAACUUUUUUUCCUUUUUAUAUGUCUGCUUCAUCAGUGUAAAAAUGCUAUGGCUAAGGUUUUAUAGAACUAUAACCUAAACGUUCUCUUUGUACACAUCUUUUCUAUGACUGCAUAUCUUCAUUCAAUUUCAUAUAUGUAUCAAUUUUACUAUUAUUUUUGUUCAAUAAAUACUUUGUGAUAAAA